GUACCUCCGCUGGUCGGCGACUCGGUACUAAGGGAGGCGCUUCAUAGUUUCGAUUCUCCGCGUCGUCUCAGUGAGCCCUGGAAGGAAAGCAGCCAAGAAACCGUGCAGGAAGUAGAAAAGGCUGGAAGAAAAACGAAACCUGCCUGCAGUGCAGACUGAGCAGUCGUCCGCCCGGUGCAGUCGGUCUCCAGUGUGCUCCGCCUGACAGCCUUCUUGGGUUGCGCCAAAAUGGCAGAGAACAACCCUUCACCUCGUCCUUGCAUGGCAUGUCUGAAUGAAUAUUGUCAGAGAAGGCACUUAAUCUUGGAGUACAGAGAUGUUGAUGUGACAGGCCCCCCUCAUGAUCGUAGAUUCACAGUAAUGGUCGUAAUAGACAAUAGAAAUUAUAGGCCAGCAACAGGUAAAACGAAGAAGGACGCAAGAUAUAAUGCAGCAGAAUUAGCUUGGGAAACCAUACAACAAGAAACGCUGGCUUUGCAACAGCCGCUGCUGAUUCCAGCCACACCGCCACCUCAGCAGCCAGAAGUGUCCCUGCCUCAUGCAAACGUGUCAGAACCUUUGUCUCCAAUGAACUAUAUCGCCUUGCUCAAUGAUUAUGCACUAAGGAACAAAAUACCUAUUCAGUACAGUGUAGUGUCCAGAGGUGGAACGGAUCAUAUGCCAAUCUUUUCGAUGCAGUGUAAACGUGGUGAUAAAGUUCUUGGUGAAGGUAAAGGAAAGAACAAGCAAACUGCAAAACUUAAUGCAGCCAAGCUAGCUUAUGAACAGCUAGUUCAGCCAGUUCCUAGGAUGGCAAGAAAUGUUACCCCUACUAAUUCAUCCACAAGUCUGUCCGUUAAUAAUUCCCAAGGAACAUCAGGCACAUCUGCAAACUUUGUUCCAGACUCAACAGAUCCUGCUUCCAACGCAUCAGAUAGUGUGGUCUUUCAAAGAUCUGGUUUAUUUUCAAAUGGUGCAGAUUCUGAUUCAGGAUGUAAGAGUGCAGUUGACGAACUGGUUAAUAAAGUUGAUGCCCUGCAAGUCAAUGAAAAUCCAUCCCCUUUGGCAAAUGCCAAAGGUCCUGCUGCAAAACCUAAAAGGAAAGAAACACCAUUGGCACCUGCAUUUUCAAAGGCCCUUCAAAAGGAAGAUAAGGAUACUGUCAAGGACAGGAAUAUUUGGAAUAUUGGAACAUUUAAGGAUAUAGAGCAAAUUGGUCGUGGUGGAUUUGGGAAUGUUUUCAAGGCAAAACAUGCCAUUGAUAAUAUAGUGUAUGCUGUCAAACGAGUCAAGCUUACUGACAGUAAUGGAGAAGAAUCCACAAAAGAAGUACAAGCCUUAGCAAAACUUAAGCAUGAAAACAUUGUCCGAUAUUAUCAUUGUUGGAUUGGGAAAGACAUUUUCCCAUCAGAGGACAGCAUAAGCGAUAACAGUUUAGAGCAAGACUGUCAGUUUGAAUGCCUUUUUAUAUGUAUGGAAUAUUGUGAGAAGGGAACACUCAAAGAUUGGAUUGAUAAGAAGAGAGCAAAAGAAAGCUGUGAGGAUGACUCCUCUAAUAAAUUCCAGCAAAUUGUGGAAGGGGUGGAGUACAUUCAUUCCCAAGACUUAAUUCAUAGAGAUCUUAAGCAGCCUGAAAAUAUUUUCAUAUCUGGAGAUGAUAAAAUUAAGAUAGGUGAUUUUGGAUUGGUAACACCAGGUGUAGAUGACCUUUUGGUAGAACGGACUGCAAACAAAGGAACCAGAUCAUAUAUGGCCCCUGAACAGGUGGGGAGCAGAUAUACAAAGGAAGUAGAUAUCUUUCCAUUAGGAUUAAUUUGGUUUGAAAUGCUUAACCUAUUUGAAACUGGCCAUGAGAGAAUCCAGGUGUGGAAGAAUAUCAGAGAAUGUCAAUUUCCACGAACAUUUAUCAAGAACUUUCCGAGAGAGCAAUCGCUGAUUACGAAAUUGCUUUCAAUUGAGCCAUUGGAAAGACCGUCAGCGACCGAACUUUUGAACAUCUUAAAAAUUUUAAAGAACAAACCAACCAGCCUAUAUACUUGCUAAUUCUUUACAAAACAAUAAUAUUUUGAUAGAAAAUUGUGGUUGUGCUUCUGCAGAAAUAUGAAAAUUGACCCAAAUCCAAGUGUGUGUGAAUGCACAAAAUGCUUAGGCCCUUAAAUCUGAAGGAUGGCCUCUUUCUAUAUGUCCUACUGUAGCCUUCAAGAUAUGCUGGGGAUAAUCUUGUGAAAGAAAAGCAUCAAUGCUAUACUAAGAAACAUUCGCUCACUGUGUGAAAAUAGCAAUGUCUUCAGUUUAGCUAAUUCUUACUGCCUGUUAUUGUAUAGUUAUUCAAAUUGGCAUUUGGAGGCAUCCUGCCUCUGAACCUGGAAGUAGCCUAUAGCCAUCAAGACUAGUAGCUAUUGAUGGAUUUGUCCUCCUUGAAUUUGGCUUUAAGUGGGGCUUAGACAGAUGCAUCCAUCUUUGGCUGCUAGUUUUGAUAGCUAUUGACUACCUCUAGGUUCUGAAGCAGAAUGUCUCUGAAUACCACUUGCUGCAGAGGAAUGGCAGGAGAGGGAGCAUGAAGGCAUCUCAUGGUUCUGGACUUCUCAGAGGUAUCUGGUGGAACAGGAUGCUGUUUCCCAUAGUGCCCACAAGAUAGGCCUUGGGCCUAAUCCAGCAAGGCUGUUAUGACAACAGCCACUCAGUGGAGCAGUGAUUCAUGAGAAGGCACUGAAGCUGUACACACAUUUCACUAAGGAAGGUCAAGCAGCAACAUCUGGUGAUGCUGGGCACACUUUUCAAGUAAGCAAAAGCUGGUUUGAGAACUUCAAGCACCACUACUGUUUCCAUAAUGUGAAAUUUGCAGGGGAAGUUGCAUCUGCAGAUCAUGAAGUGGCAAGCAGAUUCCCAGCAGAGUAGCUGCAGCUGAUUGAAGAGAAGGGAUACAACCCUGUGCAGGUCUUCAAUGCUGAUGAGUCAGGCCUGUUUUGGAAAAGAAUUCCAGUUGGGUUCUUCAUCUCCAAGCAGGAACGAACUGCUAGAAGACUGAGAAUAGGUUCAUUUUGCCCUCUUCAGACAUUAUAAAGGGCAGGGGCCCUCUCCUACCCCCAGGGAAGAGAAAUGAUUUUGUGGUGACAUGCAUGAAUUGUCCCCUUUGCUAAGCAGGGCCUGCCCUGGUUUGCAUUUGAAUGAGGGACUACAUGUGAGCACUGUAAGAUAUUUCCCUUAGAAGAUGGGGCAACUCUGGGAAGAGUACCUACAUGCUUGCAUGCAGAAGGUUCCAAUUCCCUCCCUGGCAUCUUCAGACAGGGUGACAGAGAGAGGCUGCUGCUUACAACCUUGGAGAAGCUCUGCCAGUCUGUCUGUGUAGACAAUACAGUACUGAGCUGCAUGGACCAGUGGUCUCACUCAGUACAGUAUAAGACACAGUACUGUACUGAACUGUCCAAUACAGCACUGUACAAAGCACAUCCCCCCGCAGAAGAACAAUCCUAGAGAUGAUCUGGACUUUAUCUUGAGCAGCAGCUCAAAAAGGCACUUCGAAGCACAAGAAACACUCCCCCAAAAAGAUAAUCCAAAGCACGCCAAAUUUCUCCAAGACACACACUCCAACCUCCACCAUCAACUCUUCAACGACCCACAGAGCUCCUCCUCAAACCACACUGAUAUAAAGCACAUGCUGAAAGUGAAACUAAAAAUUGUACCUGCAAAACCCGUAAAUAGCCAAAACCAUAUACAGCAGAAAAUGAGACCUGGCAUAUGUUUGCCAACCACGAAUAAGUGAAACCGCAGAAAAAAAACCCAUGGAAAACAAGAGCCUCCUGUACUUUUUCCUUAUCCCAUCUUUUGUUUUGAUUUGUCAUUGUUAAUUUUACUCAUACAGCACCUUGUUUUUUAUUAGAUACUUAAGAAAUAGUACUGGCUGUGCAGAUUCAGGGGUGUAGCAAGGUUGGAGUGGGCCCAGAGACAAGAUUUUAAAAUGUGUCAUCCCCCCGACUGAAGCUCAGCUCAUGAAGUAAAGAAAUCUUAAAUGAGGCUGAAUAGUGGUAACAAAAAGCAUUGUAAAAAGGUUUUGUAAAUUGUGAAUGAUGCAAGUCAUUUAAUGGUACUAGAGAAAGACAUGCUGUUCUCGUAGCUCCUGGUUUUAACACUCACAUCAAUUUUGGAGGAUGAAUACAACUGAAGGAAGCCCAGCGGGUGUGUGGUUGGGGGAGUCAGUUAUGUGACUUGCCUCUGGGGGGCCCCCAAGGCAGGGGGCCCCCAGAUAACUGUCUCCCCUUGCCCUAUUAUAGUUAUGCCCCUGGUAGGGCUUGACAUCUCCCCUUGGACUGUUGAAGUUUGCACCUUCCUAGCCAAUUUGCAAACUUGCAUAAGCAUUCGAAAAGGAUUUGGUAUCUAGGGUCAAAGGAACUAAUCUGCAGUUUCAUCAUGCAAUAGUCUGGGCUGAUUUCGAGUUAAAGGAUUGACUAAACAUACACUUUGGCUAAAAUCACUCUUAAGUUCCUUUGCAGAACUCUCCAACUUGUUUUAAACCACUCUUCUUUUGCUUGUACUGAAAUCUCAGAUAUAUCUAUCUUAGUAUCUUAAUGGUUUUUAUUACUGUUCUGCUUAUUAAAUGUGUAGUUAUAGUGCUGUUUUCUAUUAGCUGCUUGUUAGAAUUCUUAGUAAAGUGGAUGAAUGAGAUUUCUCAGUUCCUUAUUUCUUUGGGAAACUAUAUGGAAUACAAGGGAAGGGGAAUGUCUUCUCAUGCAGAACACCUCCUGAUGUUUUACCCUUAGAGCUUCCUAAUGUACCAUAGAUGUGACUUGCUUAUUUCCGGAAAGACCUGGCACUGCACUCUGUCCAUAGCCCCCUUUUGGGGAUGCACAUCCUGGUAAUCAUUGUUAUUGCCCACAUGAACAACAUCGUAUGCAGCGGUUCCCAACCUGUGGAUCGUGAGAUUAUUGAGAUUACUGCCUGGGGGGGGGGAAUAAUGUAAUAAUCUUAUGUACCCUCUUAUGCAUCAUAUACAGUGUUGUAUUAUUUGCAAUGUAAUUUGCUUCAAACAUUCUUGUGUAAUAUAACAAUAAAUGAUUAGAAAUAGCUGUUUUUAAUACCCCUUGGCAGCAGUUCCCAGCCUUUUUCUUUAUGUAGAAAGAAAAUGUAUACAGUCUGCAUACAGCUAUACAGUUGUGCCUCUCCAACCACAGGUUUCCCAGUCAUAGAUUUGAAUAUCCGUGACUGGGAUAUCGUCACUGGUCUUUCCAACCAUAACCUGAGUAUUGGUGGUUUGGCCAUUUUUUAAAAAGUGUGUGUGGGGGGAGUGAAUCUGUGUUUUGCCUUGUUUUUUCAGCCCUUCCACGAUGACCACAACCCCCUAACCCGGUUUCCAGUGCUUUCUUAUUGCUAGUCUACUGUGAACUCACCAAUCAUGAGGUUUUCCAGGAACUGAACCCUCGCGGUUGGCGAGGGGCGACUGUAUUGUCAUCAAAAACCUAUGCAGACCACCAAAUAAGCAAGCUGGUUUUUUAAAAAAAUAAAAUAAAAUCUUAACAUAGCCUAUGGCUUACAGGAGUCAAACACAAAUUAAGAGGUAUUCAAAACAUAGAUACUACUAAUAAUUUAUUACAUUUGUGGUGGGUUGUGCCUUUAGAAUUUGGGUUGUACUGUGCCUUUAAAUGGCUUGAAAGUAUAAGCCAGCUGAGAUGAGUCAGUAGAUAAAAAGGGAUAUAUUAUUCUGGAUAUGACAAUAUUACACAAGAAUAUUUAUGAAGCAAACGGCAUUGCUAAUAGUAAUAUAACAUAUGACACAUAAGAGGUACACAGGAUUAUUAUUUUAAAAAUUUCCCCAUGGACCACCUGCACUACUCUUGCAGACCACAUGUUGGGAACCCCUGCCCCUUGAUAUGUUGGAUUCCUGUCAGACAGAGGUUAUGUUAAAAAUAUUUUUAAUAGCUUGCUUAUAUAAUGGUCUGCAAAAGCUUUUGAUGACGAUGUAGUGAUUGCCAUAAAGGAAAAGGUUGGGAAUUGCUGUUGUAAUGUGAAUGCCAAACACAUCAUGAUUGUCUCUGUGCUUAUGGGAAUACAACCACCAAUAGAGUAGGGCAGAUAAACUGUGUGUUCUCAUUUCAGAUCCAUUUCUACUUUUAAGUAAAUUAGGCUUCGUAUAAUUGUGCCAUAGAAAAUAAUUUGAUAGGUGUGGGUGAAACAUGCCCUAUGUUAGUUUGUGUACAUUAGCACAGCCACAGCCUUCCCUUUAACAUCUGAUAAUACUGAGCACAAUUCAGCCAAUCCUGAAACAAUAUAUACAGACCUAUUGCUCUUCACACGCUUAACUUCCCAAUAAAUCAUACAGUAGUUUUAAGCACAUUUUCACAUAAGGUUUGCAAGCAGAACUUCCUCCCUAUAUACUGUGCAUAAGACAACAGCCUUAAGUAAACUACUUUUGCAUUUGGGUGAAGCAUGCCUUGUACAGUGGAGGAAGAUCUCCUUUCCAUGGGUUGUACCCCCUUACUUAAGGGCUUAUGCAAAUCAGGUUUCCCAAAAUGCUUUGGGAAGACCCUUCCAGUCCUGUCUUGCUCAUGCCCCCCGCCCCCCCGCAACCAAAAAAAAAAAAAAAGUAAUUGACUAAUUGAAGGCAAGAUGGAAAGGCUUACAAUACAAGAUUACUUUUUACUUUGAUACUGUCAUUUAUGCUUUGGAGGAAGAAUUUGCAAGACCAAGAAGGUGGAAACAUGUUUGGCAGAGACAGACAAGUUACAAAGAAAUAUGCAUUCUUCAGAUGAACUCCAAUAACAAGAGGAAAAACUUCUGGCAAAGUUAAACAUACACAACAGUAGUGUGGUUUCUCAACAUGAACUUUGUGGAAAGUGAAUCAUUUGGAAAUAAUGGAAGAAUAACUGGUUCAUGUGGUUAUAUUUCACUGGAUUUAUUAUUGUGAUUUUAUGUAGUUUUUGGAUCAGAACUGAUAUAGUCUCAGAUUAUUUGUUUUUAUUCAGGUUAUUGGAUAGAUAGUGGGAAAUAAAUACCUGGUUUUCGCAUUUAA